AUAGGGAUAUAACUAAGCCCUUGACGUGCCUGGUUAACUGAUCAAUUGUAGUAGGUUAAAGCGCUCCACUUCUGCACCUGGCCAGCUGAUUGGUCUGGGAUAAACGUGCUCCACUUCCCUAUGUAACAAUCAUAAGGAGUCAUGCUGAAACCACUCGUGCACAUCCCAUGAAACUUGAUAUGAAUUGGUGUCUGUUACAUUUAUCUUGUCACAGGAAUUCUGCACAGUAUAAGUUUUCUCCAACGAGCUUUCAUCUGAUUUCCCAAUAUUCCAUGACUUAUUCCUUGUAAGGUCCUGUUUCAUUCUCUCAUGCACCAUCGUCUCUGUCCCCUUGUGAUGCAUGUAUCAUUCUGUCCCUAGAAUUAAUUGCCAUUGCACACCUGUUGAGUUGAUCACCACGUUUUGCAGGGCUUGUCAUGCUAUAUUUUUCCUGGACCGCUAGAUACAAAAUGCUACGUGCUUACUCUGCCUUUUUUAUAAAAAAGUGUCAUCGGAUUAUUAUGAUAUGUGAUUACUAACUACAUAUUAAAAGCUUAUAUUUCCAAUGCUUUUGAUGUUUUAUUUUUUAUUUAUAUCAAAAAUGUUAUUUGAUCUUACUGCGUGGUAGAUUUGUUUUACUAUUAUGUGACCAUGAUACAAAGUCAUAAGCACUCCCUGUUGCUAUUAAUAUUUUUUUGUUUAACUGGAUGGCCUGUGCUAACCCACUAUAAUGGCUCAUUAGUUUUUUGUAGUAUGUACAGUGACACAAGAUUAAAAUAGUGAUACAUGUCCCCCUCGCACUCCCUGUUGCUAUUAAUAUUUUUUUGUUCAUCAUUAAGGGGUACAAGUACAACUUCCAAUGCAGAAAAGUUGCAUCAAUGAUGGAAAGAGUGUAUUGCAGCCAUUAAAUCAAGUAUAGGAUCUGUUGUGCUUCAUCUUAGAAAGUUGCCUAUCGGUCUCUGCAUGCACCGCUCAUUGCUAUUUAAAUUAUGUUUUUUGUUUUAAGUUGUUUUCUCAAUUUUCAUCUUAUGGAAGUAUGUUAAUAUAAUGAUAACUACAUCCAAAAUUUUAGUAAAGAAUUAUAUCUGAGCGUUGUCACGUGUAUGCUUGUCACUGUAAUAUAGGUGACUUCGAAAAAAAAUCAGAAACAAUACUAAGUGUGACCUAAUGAGCCCUACAGGUUAGUUCACCGUAAGCAUGUCAUAUAUUGCUACACACUACGUAAGAGUCUUAUAGAUAAAAAGUUUAGGGCCUGUCAGAUUAGCACACUUAUCUUUGUUGUAGGAGUUCAGUUCUUGUUGUGCCUUGACUAACUCUGUUAUAAUUUGUACUGAGAAAAAGUGGUUUGCAGUUGGCACAUGUCUUACUCAGAAAUCAGCUAUGCCAUCCUGCUAUUGUGCCACAUAUUUUGGAUUCAACACAGAUGAAUUGGGAUAUUAUUGCCUUUCUAUAUAUAUUUCAUGGGAUACACACUUUAAUUUUGAAUUAAUAUUUUGCUAGCUUAAUUUCAUUUCUGUGAUGCCUUCUUUCUCUUCUCGUAGGGCAUGUAAAUAAGAUUGCCUUACUUUUCCAGCUACUUCAUUCUAUUGUUGUGUAAAAUUGCUUAUAUCACUAUUUCUCUCUCUCUCUCUCUCUAAUUUUUUCACCAAGCAGUAAAUUAAAAAAAAACAGGUAGCACAUUGCAUAGGAGCUGAGGGCUUCUAGAUACCCAACUGUUUUUGGUUCCUAGGGGUUCUUUUCGCUACAGCUACAGUAAUGGAGGUAGGACCUCAACACAGUUAACAGAUUUUAGAUGCCUUUAGAUAUUUUUUUGUAAAAGGAAUGAGGAAUUACUAUAUUGAGCUUUGAUAACCUCCUUAGCAUUUGCCCCUGGUCAGUAUUAAUUGUUCUGGUUCAACCUCUUAUUUUCAUAGGUUGUAUCUACUAACCUAGAAGUUUAGACAGUGACAUUAGAUUUGAUCUUUCAUUUCCUAUCAUCUGAUGUAAAUACUUGCACCCUACUUCAAACUUUGAUCGAUGAAAAUGUUGCUGAUCACAUAUUUGAGGUUCUCGGGUCAUCAGGUAAGAACUUCACCUUUUUGUAGUCGUGAACUUUUAUGAAGUAUUAUGAUCAAGAAGGCUUACAAAGUUGCACUCCUGUUAUACAUCUUCAGGAAAUAAUGAUCUGCUUGUCAUUUCCUCUGUUCGAGUACUAUUACUUUUUUGCGAGAUCAGAGGAAAAAUCAAAGAAAAGCUUUCUAUUGGAUUUCCCACUCCUUCACUAUGUUGCAAAGGUACCAUUUUAUCCAGUCGAGUCCAUGUUUUAUGACUUUCUUGGAUUUGCAUGAUCAUUGAGAAGCUAGGGAAGGUGGAUCCCAACAAACUCAUGCAGAUCACCUCUGUGGAUCGCUACAUCAAGUAUCAUGUCCAGGAGUUUGAGAGAGCCUUCAGGGAGAGGUUCCCUGCCUGCACAUUGGCUGCCAAGAGGCACAUUGACUCCACCACUACCUUCUUGGACGUCCAGGGUGCGGGGUUUAAGAAUUUCUCCAAGACUGCAAGAGAACUUGUGCACCGGAUGCAGAAGAUUGAUAGCGACUAUUAUCCCGAGACACUCCACCAAAUGUUUGUUGUGAACGCUGGCAGUGGAUUUAAGUGGAUCUGGAACAGCGUGAAGGGCUUCCUUGACCCAAAAACUUCAUCCAAGAUUCAUGUGCUUGGUUCGAACUACCAGAGCAUGCUUCUUGAAGUAAUAGAUUCGAGUGAGCUGCCAGAAUUCCUUGGCGGUUCAUGCACAUGUAGUGACAAGGGUGGUCCGCUAGGAAGUUGCUGAUGCGGUGGACGGUGCUGUCAUCAGAUUUGUUGGUGUUCUUCCCAGCUGCUUUGUGGUUUGUGUGGGCGUACAUUAAACUUGGAGUCGGUAUUAGUGGAGAGGAGAGACGGGAGGGGUGGAUGUGGCUGCUAGCCAUGGUCCUGAGCAGUCCUUGCUUGGUAUUGAUCGAUCAUGGCCAUUUUCAGUGUAAUUGCAUUAGCCUUGGACUUACUCUUGGAGCAAUUGCUGGUGUUCUGUCGAGGAAUAAGCUCGUCGCUGCAGCUCUCUUCACUCUUGCAAUCAAUCACAAACAG